AUGGUGGUUGUCCCCACCAUAGGCUGCCCCCAGGCGACCCUGCAAGGGAGCCCGUCUGGCCUUCCACAGGCAGAGGCCCCGUGUGCAGGAGAGCGGGCCCAGCGCCAGGGCCAGCCCCUAGGACAGGCACCAGAUGCAGCUGCUGAGCGCGUGGGCCUGGCCACGCCACCCUACGGCCAGGCGCUGGCCUCGACCCACCCCCAGAUCUGGCCUGGUCUCUGCCACUCCCCAGCCGCUGGGGCCCGCACCCCCACCGUCCCCCACCACCCGCCGUCUCCACCGCCGCCGCCUGAUGGCUCCGUGGCCAAACGACCCAAACCCCCUGCUGGAUUCAACUCGGGGGCUGCGGAUGCGUCUACAGGACGCAGGUUUCCCGGCUACGAGGGCCGGAAGUACACAUCCUUCCCCGCCUUCUUUCCCGGCUAUAAGAACAAAAAUGUUGGCGAUAAGAGUACAAAGAGCACAUCCCUGGGGCACCGAGAGGGCAGCGAUAAACUGGGGUUGAACGCCAGGGCCCACGGGGCAGAGCGCCCCCAGCCGUGGCUGCAAGGCCGCCAAACGGAGAAAGGGCAGCAGACAGCCUCGAAGGUGGCCGUGCCCACGUGCCUGAACGAAACCCUGCCACACGUGGACGAGCCUUCACAGCACGGCGCUGGGCAAAAGGAGCCGGCUGUGAAAGGCCACGUGGAGUACGAGUCCCCUUGCGGGAAAUGUCCCACCCGGCCAAUCUGCGGGAACACAAAAGCCCUGAGACCAGUACUCAAGGGUGAUCCAGGCCUUACAGGCUCUCCGACCGCGGCCUCGGACCGCCCCGAACCCCGCCGACCGCCUCCGCGGCGCCCCCACCCUGACCCGGGCCUCGCCGAGGGGCCUCCGCGCCGCCCCGCCCGGCCAGGGUCAUCAGGACGCCCCGGCUCGGGACCGGGACGCCCGCGGGCCACACUCGGGGCCCUGACGGCCCGCUCUCGGCGUCGGCUCCUCUCCCACAGCCCCCUCCCCCCCCCCCGGCCCCCGGCCGCCACGCGGGUCCCGCAGCCCACAGCCAGGCGAGCCCCGACCGCCGAGCCGCAGGGCUCCCCCGGGACGGCCGAGGACGCGCAGCCGGAGCCCCGCGGGCCGAGGCCCGCGCUUGGGGGCCGCAGCCCCUGCCUCGAACACGCGGCCCCGCUCGGGAGCGCGGAACCCGGCGGCUCCGGGACCCGCAGGGAGGCCCGCGCGGGACCGGAAGCCCGCAGCCGCACUUCCGGCGGGGGCGCGGGGGCGAGCGGGUGGCCGCCGCCCCCCCCUCCGCCGCCCGCGGGCGUCACUUCCGGGCGCGGCGCGGUGAGCGCGGGCGGCACGGCGGGUGGGACGGGUCGGCGGGAGCGCGGUCCCCUGCUCGAGCCCGGGAGCGGCGCCGGUCCUCUCCCGCCGCCUGCCCGUGUGCGUCUGCGGGCGGCGCCCCGGCUCCAGGGGAAGCCGGUGGCCGCGCGGACCUUCACCUGCCAGGGCGCGUGCGCGCGGUCGUCGGCGCGCCGCGGGGACGCGGUCUGA